AUGGCUCCGACCGGACUCCUCGAGUCCUUCCUGGCCGCCAUCCAGGCCAGCGUGUCGGUGCUGCUGGUGAUAUCGUACGGCGCCGCGGCGGCCAAGCUGCGGAUCCUCGACGCCAAGAGCACCAAGGCCAUCUCGCGGAUCUGCGUGCGCGUCUUCCUCCCGGCGCUGCUGUUCGUCAAGAUCGGCUCGCAGCUCGACGCCGGCGCCGGUGGCAGCUACGCAGUCGUGCUGGUCUGGGCCCUCGCCUGCCACCUCGUCUCCUUCCUGCUGGGCCUGCUGGCCCACCUCGUCCUGGGCAUGCCCGACUGGGUCACCGUCGCCGUCAUGUUCAACAACUCGACCAGCUACCCGUUGCUCCUGAUCGGUGCCCUGGACGACACCGGCAUCCUAGACUCGCUCAAGGGCGGCGGCGAGAGCACGGCCGCCGCCGUCGAGAGGGCCAAGGCGUACUUCCUCGUCUACGCCACUGUUUCGAGCUGUCUAACCUUUGCCGUGGGUCCUAGACUCAUCGAUUCGGAGCAUGGGCCGGAGGAUGACGACGAGGAAGAGGAAGAUAAGUCGGGUCAAGACGGAGAAAAUAGGGGCAUCCAAGAGGAUGGCGCGGACAGCGAAGCUGACGAGCACACGGCGUUGUUGGACCGCGACCUCACGCUGAGCGUCCCUAAGCCCUCGUCCUCCCCGUCUUCCUUCUUCCCGUCCAUCCGCCGGCGCUCGUCACGGCCAAGGCCGGAAUCCAAGGACCGCCGGGUCUACGUCAUCCCACUAAAGCGUUGGUCUACCUUCGGGCCCCGAACGAGGUGGUGGCUCGUGCUGCUGGCGGACUUCUUCAACGCGCCAUUCCUGGGUGCCAUCGCCGGCGUCAUUGUCGGGCUGGUGCCAGCGCUGCACAAGGCCUUCUUCGCUGAAACAUCAUCAGGCGGCAUCUUCACGGCCUGGCUGACGGCUUCGUUGAAGAACAUCGGCAAUGUCUUCGUGCCGCUGCCCGUCUUCGUCGCCGGCGUGUCUCUCUACACAGCAGUCACCGAGUCGCGCAAGCAGAAACAAUCUAGCCCCGGCAGCGGGGUGCCGAAGGCCACGGUAGCGUACGUACUUUUGGUUCGCUUCGUGCUGUGGCCCGCGGUGUCCAUUGCGCUUGUAUACGCGCUGGCGUCCCGGACCGACGUGCUGGGCUCUGACCCCAUGCUCUGGUUCACCAUGAUGCUGAUGCCGGCAGGCCCACCGGCCUCGAAGCUGGUGGCCAUGGUGCAAGUGAGUGACGUCGAGGACGGGGAGGAGGCUGCGAUCUCCAAGAUUCUAACGAUUUCGUAUCUUAUUUCGCCGGUACUCUCGUUUACCGUAGUGGGCAGCUUAAUGGCUAGCCAGGCAUGUAAAUAG